UCCAAAGUGGGGCCAUCCAAUACGAGAUAAAAUUAGGCCACAGCGUCCUUAUAUUGCUGACAAAGCGGGGGUAGCCAAAAAAAGCCUGCGGCGGUGGACAGCCAACAAGAAGGAAAGAGUGGAGAGUGAGCAGGACCUCCGCUGAAAUGGCCAGCAAACUGAUAGACCUGGUCUACUGGAGGAGCACGAGCAGGACCGGUGUGGUGUUCACCGGCUUGGUGGUGUGUCUGGCUAGCCUGUUCCAGCUGAGCGCCAUCACUCUACUCUCUCACAUUUGUUUGGGUGUCAUGUGCGUCACCUUCCCCCUGCGCCUCUACUACAAACUGCUGGAGCUGCUGCGCUGGAAUCCCGGCCUGCACCCUUUUCAGUCAUAUCUGGACUAUGACAGCUCUUUGACAGACAAGGAGACGGUGAUGCUGGUGGAGGAGGUGGUGCUGUUAAUUGCAUUCGCUGUCACAGAGCUUAAACGUCUUCUUUUCAUUGACAACGUGAUUGACUCACUUAAGUUUGUGUUGCUGCUGUAUCUGCUAACUUAUGUCGGCGUUCUCACCGCUGGGCUGACUCUGGUCAUAACUGCUGUCAUUGUUCUUUUUUCCUUUCCUCUGCUCUACAAAAAACAGCAGGUGAGGAUAAGGAAGAUUGUCAGAUUUUGCAAAGCUUUUGAGAAGAAAAUCAAUACCUGGUGCCUCUGGGUGCACGAUACAGUCCAAUCGGCUCGCGCACAAGCCGCCGCCUCCAAACCUGCCCCUACGCCAUCCUCCAAACAGAAAGUGAAGGCAAAGUAACAAACACACGCCAGAUGUUUAAAUGUGUCAAAAUGACAGUGGUGGUGUCGCAUCCUCCAUGAGUCCACCAUGGUUUUUCUAAUCGAUGCUGACAGCUGAAACAAAGCUGCUAUUCUUUAGGAGGACAUGUGUGAGGAGAGAAUUUUAUUUCAACAAGAUACUUUGUGUGGGCAAACUGCUUCAGUCAGAGACAGCACACACAUAAGAUCACAGUUUUUUUUUUGUGGCGAAAGGUCUAUUUUUAUAUUAGCACAAGCACUGUGUUCCUGUUAAGAGGCAAAAUGAAGUUUUGUGGCUUUUUCAGAAUUUAUUACGGUAGUCGAAUCGAACUUUGAUAAACCUCACCUGCCGACAAACUCAAAUGUCUUAAUGAGCUAAUGAAAAAAAAGGAUUGCGCUGUUAUUCUUACAAGAGACAAUGAAAAAAAAUAGUCUUGCUCUCUCACGCUCUUUUUUUUUUUUACUGCUAUAACAAAAUUUCACUCUUCUGGGAAUACUUUCUGCAAAAUGUUAGUGUGUUUUAUGGAGUCUUUGUCCAUGCAUGAAGGAGAACAUUUGUGAGGUCACCGAUGUUAACCCUGACAUGCAAUGUAUUAUGUUCUUCCACAAAGUAUCAAAAUGAGGUGUCUCAACACUUACGCAAAGGUAUCUGUCUGUUUGUUAUUUCAUAGCGGCUGUGAAAUGUAAUACAAUUAUAAACUUCACACACACUACAUUUCACAGAAAAAUGCCAAACCAUCUCUGCUGCAUCAGCCAAAAUGUCAGGAAUCUUUUUGUGUUGAGUACAGCACAGACCCUUUUUAUACAAGUCAUUUAUGAAGCAUCAACUUUGAAAACACGUACGUUACUCUUUUUAUCUUUUAUUCUUGGCUGUUGUCCUAAUUACUGAAAUAAAAAGCAACGAAAAGUAUCAA